UGCGGACAUGCUACCCCAAGCCUGUAAUUAGGUACCAACAAAUCGGCAGUUCAGAGGCGAACAAUCUACGAGUAUAUUUUGUAUUUUGCACUUCGUGUAAGCCUGAAGUUUAGUGCGAAAACUGUCGCCGACAUGGAAGGACCUGCCUUAACGGCGGCAGCCAAAAGGAGGCAUGAGUCACUGCUGAGGACUCUGGCACACCCGACGAACACUGUGCCGAAGCUGGCGGAUGAUACGACCUUUGAAUUCAAUGUGAUUGCCAGCGAAAAGCUGCCAGAGUACGCUCAACUGGAUCUCUUUCAUCGAGCUGUUUAUCCAUUCAUGCUGCUGGCUCAAUUCUUUGCUGUUAUGCCUUUGAUUGGCAUACGGCAGCCCAAUCCACGAAGAGUUCGCUUUGCCUAUAAAUCGCUGCCCAUGAUCGUUACCGUCACGUUUAUUGCCGCUACUUUAACAUUACUUGCUGCCAUGCUCAAGCACUUGCUGGAGAUUGGCAUUAAUGCCAAGAAUUUUGUGGGUCUUGUGUUCUUUGGCUGUGUGCUGCUUGCUUACUUUGUCUUUAUUCGUUUGGCACGACGUUGGCCCCAUCUCAUUCGCUAUUGGACACGCACGGAGCUGGUCUUCAACAGAGCGCCCUACGAGAUGCCCAAAAGGAAUCUAUACAAGCGCGUGCAGCUGGCUGGCUUGAUGAUUAUUGGUCUGUCGAUCGGUGAACAUGCCAUGUUUCAGAUUUCAGCAAUUCUUACCUACAAGCGACGAAUACAAUUGUGCUCUGCAGCGGCCAACGUUACCGCUGUGACAAGCUUCGAAGACUAUGCGAGAACGAACUAUGAUUAUGCGUUUCAAUGGCUGCCCUACAACCCCGUCAUGGCUGCUUUACUACUGCUCAUCAAUGGCGCGUGCACUUUUGUGUGGAACUACAUGGAUCUGUUUAUAAUGAUGGUCAGCAAAGGACUUUCCUAUCGCUUCGAGCAGAUCACGGCACGCAUACGCAAGCUGGAGCACGAAGAAGUGACCGAAUCCACGUUCAUCGAGAUACGUGAGCAUUAUGUAAAUAUGUGCGAACUGCUGGAGUAUGUGGACAGCUCCAUGUCCAGCCUGAUACUGCUCUCUUGUGUGAAUAAUUUGUAUUUUGUUUGCUAUCAGCUUCUUAACGUAUUCAACAAACUCCGCUGGCCCAUCAACUACAUUUACUUUUGGUACUCUUUGCUCUAUCUGAUUGGACGCACGGCCUUUGUGUUCCUCACGGCAGCAGACAUCAAUGAGGAGUCGAAGCGUGGUCUGGGCAUACUGCGACGAGUGUCCAGCAAGAGUUGGUGUGUGGAAGUGGAGCGUCUCAUAUUCCAGAUGACCACCCAAGUGGUAGCUCUGUCGGGCAAGAAGUUUUACUUCCUCACGCGCAGGCUUCUCUUUGGAAUGGCAGGAACCAUUGUCACCUACGAGCUGGUUCUACUGCAAUUCGAUGAACCCAAUCGUCGCAAGGGUCUGCUGCCCUUGUGCGCCUGAUGGCAAACAACAUGCACUCCCCCCACAACAUUUCUCGACAUUUG